UAUCAAUAUAUCAUCAUAUAUAUGUCAUAUCUCGUUUCCCUCCGAUAAUUUGUUAUGUGGCUAGGAUUCAGUUUGUUCACAUUCCAAGCCCCCAAUGGCCACUUCCAUCCUUUCCCCCAAAAUUCCCCGGCCAUUUCCCACGGCCUACGUCAGUUACCGGCGGCCACCAAGCGCCGCCGUUAGCAACCAGCGCCACCCUCCAUCUCUCAAACCACCGGCACUCAACACUCGCUUCAAUUGGGCCAUUAAACUGAGCUUAGCGGAGCAGAGCCCACCAAAAUCAACUGAGUUUGAUAUGCAGCGACUCGUGCAGUUUCUCUAUGACGAUCUUCCCCACCUCUUCGAUGACCAGGGCAUUGACAAAACCGCCUACGACGAACGCGUCUUCUUUCGAGACCCAAUCACCAAGCAUGAUAGCUUGAGUGGCUACCUUUUCAACAUCGCUUUUCUCAAAACAAUCUUUCGUCCUCAGUUUCAGUUACAUUGGGUCAAACCGACAGGACCUCAUGAGAUAACAACAAGAUGGACCAUGGUUAUGAAAUUCGGGCUACUUCCCUGGAAACCGGAAUUGGUCUUCACCGGGACAUCCGUUAUGGGAAUUAACCCAGAAAAUGGCAAGUUCUGUAGCCAUGUGGACUUCUGGGAUUCAAUACAGAAAAAUGAGUAUUUUUCUUUUGAAGGUUUGUUGGAUAUGAUCAAACAGUUGAGGAUUUAUAAGACACCGGAAUUGGAAUCACCCAAGUAUCAAAUAUUGAAAAGGACAGCAAAUUAUGAGGUUAGACAAUAUAAUCCGUUCAUAGUGGUAGAAACAAUCGGAGACAAGCUAUCUGGAAAUACUGGCUUUAAUGAUGUUGCAGGGUAUAUAUUUGGAAAGAAUUCCACUGCAGAGAAGAUACCAAUGACUACUCCUGUCUUCACUCAAGCCAUUGAUCCAGAUUUGUCAAAAGUGUCAAUCCAAAUAGUUCUUCCAUUAGACAAAAAAACAGAAAGUUUACCAAAUCCUAAUCAAGAAACAAUUCGCUUGAGAAAAGUAGAAGGAGGCAUUGCUGCAGUAAUAAAGUUUAGUGGAAAACCCACAGAAGAUGUCGUUCGUGAAAAGGAGAAAACUUUGCGCUCCAAUAUUAUGAAAGAUGGUCUUAAACCUGAGCUUGGUUGUUUGCUUGCACGGUACAAUGAUCCAGGUCGAACAUGGACCUUCACAAUGAGGAAUGAAGUGCUCAUUUGGCUAAAUGACUUCUCGUUGGAUCAGCAUUAAUGCGGUAAUCAUGGCUGCUUUUUAUCAUCAACCAAUGCCGUAAAUUUUGCCAUCUUAACAUCAUUUUCUAAUGUGGCUGGUUGAGUAUAUGAUAGGUAUUUCUAGAAUUUUUCUUCAGAUCCAAGAAGGAAUGUCUGGUACCAAAAAUAGCCGUAUACUACAUUUUGAGUAAAAAAAAAAGGGAUGAAUAAGAUGCAUAUUCAUUAGUUGCUACUUAUCAAGUUGUAAUAGAAUAGUAAGUGUACAGUAAGCACUAACAUGUAUUCUUUAUGUAUUUGCAGUUCAUAUAUGACAUAAUUAAACGAAAGAAAAGCUGCCGUAUUUAUA